UUCUUUCUUCUCUUUUCUUUUGUCUUCUUUUUUUUUCAUUCCUCAGUUUUGUGGUUUUUAUAUCAUUAAUUCAUAUUAUUAGUCAACAUUACUUCGGAUGUCAGAAAAGAAAACUUCCAAUGACGAUAAAAGUUCGACAAUAAAUACUCGAGCUUCAAGAAGAAAACCAGCUUUACCGAAUAUACAUCCUGACGACGCUAAAGACAAAGUUUUCACUGCUAUUUUAAAAGCUUUACUCAAGAAAGGAAAUAAACCAAGUUCACCAAAAGAAUUAGCAAAUGACAUUGUUAAACAUAAAUAUGCAACUUUAGGGGGCGCAACACCUUUUGCUACUGUCUCGUCUCGUAUAUCACAACACUUCAAAAGAGCUGCUGAACACAAUCCACCAAGAGCACCUUUAUUAGCAAAGCAUGUUGAUCAAAAACACUCUCGGAAAAUCAAUUAUAGUCUUAUUACACCUGGUGAUAAUUCUUCAACUAUUUCAAAAUCAUCAUCUACUUCAUCAAAUCUACCACCGGGUUCUACAGCAACACAACAAGGACAACAUCCACUGGCGCAGCAACAUGGAUUAUCAUCAUCACAUAAACAUGACGAUCUAGAAGAAGAAGAAGAAGUAUUAUCUGACACUUCCAAUCUUUCAUCUGAUGAAGAACAUGAUCAUCCUUCACCAUCGAAACGACAUAAGGAAUCAACUUUAUCUGAACCUGCACAUUUUUUACGAUCUUCUUCCAUGACUGGUAGUAAAUCAUCACCUUCUACAAGUCAUACUCUUCGAGUACCAUCAACAACGAUAACCACUAGAAGGAGGCGACGUACAAGACGUAGUGGAUCAAUUGAUGAUGAUCAUCAUACUGAUUCAGAUCAUGAAUCACCAGAACCAAAACGUGCAAGAAGAGAAUCAUCUAUUUCUGCCUUGCCUACCACACUGGACAAUAACCACACCACCACCACAACAACAACAGCAGCAGCAGAUGGUUCACCUUUGAUGUCUAAAAUGGAUUCUGAAGAAGAAGAUAGCGAAGCAGAUUACUCGGAUUAUUAUGAAGAUAUGAUGAAAGGAGAUGAAACUAUGGCUCACAUUGAAGUCUCAAGGCGACGAUCAUCUAUCUUUCGGCGGCCAAGCAAUGUCAACUCUGGUUCCACAACAACGAUUACAACAAAUGGCUCCAACAACAACAAUGAUUCUCCGAAAUUGGUGGGACGAAAACUCUCUUUACCUCUUAAUGGUUUACUUGGUGACAAUGAAUUUUGGACGCCUUACACAUUUGAACAAGAUUUGACUAACGAUACUCUACAUCUUCCUGAACACAACACUUCUCAUCAUCACCAUCAGCCAAUACCUCUGAAUAUUGUAUCUCCUGAAUCUAUCUCUGAAACUGAAUUGGAAUUAUAUUUUGGUGGACCUACUCUAUCUUCAAACAACAACAACAACAACAAUAAUAAUAAUAAUAACAAUAAUAAUAACAACAAUAAUAGUGCAAGAACUAGUCGAAAAAGCUUUUGUACUCUUUCAAAUGGAAAAGAAGCUUCAUUAUUACAAAAGGCUCUUUUGGCCAAUUCUAUUCGUGGUAAACCCUCAAUGCAAACAACUGCUUCCGAUGAAGAAGACGAGGAAGAAGAAAAUAGUGUGGAAAUACCAGUACGACGCAAAUCAUGGCCUCUCAUAGCAUCAGAAGCUCCUCAAAUGGACGAACCAUCAGAUUUUACCUCCUCCUUGGACAACAAAAGUUUAUCAAUGCGACGUGACUCAAAGGAUAGUUCAACAACAUUACAUGAGCAACAACAAGGACAACCAACAGUGGCAACACUGGAAGACACUACUGGAGAAGCUGAUGAUGAAGGUGACAAUAACGAAGAUGAUCAUCAACAGUCAACCAAGAACGUUGAGAAUAACAAAGAUGGUACAAUGGAAAAGGAAAAAACAACUAUAUCUCGGGAAAAGGAUUUUCUGAAUCAAAAGGAACAAGAUAUGGAAACUGUGGAUACCCCGCCGACUAGCAAAACGUAUUCAGAACAUGGCCAUCAGUUUACUAUUACAAGAAAGGUAUUGGGAAACCUUCAGUGCUACGAAUUGGACUCACCUGAUGAUAUACCUGAUACGAAAGUGCUUCGAUUUAUUCAAUCUGAUGAUGGUGCAAGUGAACAUGUCGCUUUACGAACAAGACAUGCAGAUACAGCAAAACAACAUGAUCAACGGCGAAACAGUCAACAUUUUUAUUUGGUGGAAGGAUGUGUGAACGCAACUCAAUUACGGAAAGCUGCUCGUCCUGUCUUGGGGAAGGGAUUUUUUGAUGCUGUAGCUGAAGCAGAAGAAGGUCGAUUAGUAGUUACUAUUACAAAAGGACCGAUCGAAUGUCGUGGCGCAUGGGUUCCACUAAGUCGUGCACGUGAACUCGUUGAUGAAUUUGAAAUUGAAAGUUCUCCUGGUUUGGCCAAACUUCUUGGUGAUGAUCCAAUGGGUGACCAUCAAAGCUCAGUUAGACGCAAAUCUCUAGCUCGUCGAAAUUCUGGAAUGACCUCACCAGCAUCAUUGAUUAAUACCCGUACAGCUACAAGUAAACUAGGAUCUCUAUCUGCUCCUGUUUCUGGUGAUGAAGCAGAUGAUGAUGAAUUUGUUCGAUUUGAAGAAGAUGAAAAAGCGCCAAUCACCUCUACUACAUCGAUCGAUCACACUUUGAAUGAAAAGGACAAUCCAACAGCAUCUCCUGCACCAUCUACAAAUCCAAAUUCAACAGCAGCGACAACAACAACAACCAAUCCGCAACCGAAUUUCAAUUUGACAGCAUUACAACAAUUGACAUCGGCUAUUCCUGGACUGUCACAUCUGACUCCUAGUUUUGAUCUUGCUCGUUCAUUAGCCUCCUACAUGCAAGCAGUGGCAAAAGCAACGGGAGCAUCAUCAUCCUCAUCAUCAUCCUCAGUAACAUCAUCGACAUCAUCACAGCCUUCCAAUUCAUCCGGUAGUUCACCUUCACUUGCCUUUGAUCUCAAAUCUGCCUUGGCUCGAUUUCCUGCGCUGGACGCUUUAUUCAAGAAGGAUUCACCGGUAUCUUCAUUAAUAUCCAAUACGACUACAGCUCAACCAUCAACAUUAUCAACACCAUCUACUCCAACUACACCCACAACACCCCAAGCAACCGAUACCAACAAGAUCUAUCCAACAACACCCACCAAUCCACCAAUGUAUAUUACAGUCAUCGAUAAUGUUACAGUUUGUGUAGCAACCUUGGGUGUACCAGAUGAAAAUGGCGAAAAAUCGUACAAAGUAUUGCGGCGAUUGGAUACUGGAUUUGUGAAUGGUACAAGUUUACUCACUGCAGGAGGAAUCGAUACCGAACGGGAACGAAGUAUGAUUCUUAGUUUUGAAUUGGAACGCAUUCGUAUACCAAACAGAGACAGUGAACUAUGUGGCACUUGGAUUCCUUUACGACGGGCUCAAGAACUAGCGGUAACAUGCUCUAUUCAAAAUCGAUUAGGACCUUUCCUGAGUGAUCGUAUAGAAAGCUACUUCUCCUCUACUAUACCUAUUUCUCGUGGACCAUCUGGUGUACGUAGCGGCAAACCAAUAUUGGGUCUUGGACGAACUGCCAGUGGUACUGAUUUGGGAAACAAAAAGUCAUUACUCAUGAUGUCAGCAACAGCAACAUCAGGAACACAUCAUCACAAACCACCACCAUCAACUCAACUUCAGCAAUUACUGUUAUCACACCCUUACAAGACACUGAAAAUUGGAGGUGGAAAUUCAUCAUCUUCAUUUGGUAUGUUGAAAGCUCCUCUUCUUGGUAGUUUUGAUCGAACAUCCGAUUUGAAACAACAACGAUCCAUUUCAAUCAUCAACAGUCGACGACCUCGCAGCAAAAGUGUAGAUGAAUUAUCUGACUUGACAGAAAAUGACCAGCGGCAACGACAAAGGGAUCUAGAUAUUGAUAUUCUGAACGAUGAGGAUAUGGAUGCCAACGAUUCGGAUGCUGAUACGGAAUCGGAUACGGAUGUGAAUGAAGUACGGUUGCGAAUGAAACGAAUGCGUGAUGCAGCUAUUGAUGCUAUGGAAACUGGUCAAUCAAUGGAUUUAGAGGAACUACUUAGCCGAGCUAGUGGACCUAUUGUACAACCUAUGCGAUCUACUCUUCAGUUACGAGGACCUUUAUCUCAAAACCAACAAACCUCAAAUUCAGCGACUACACUAUCUCUCAAAAGACGCAAGUUAUUCGACAUUGAUGAAGAAGGAAAUGUACCUCCAGCCUUCAGAAAACCGGCGAAUUUUUUACCACAUGGACGACGACGACCUCCUACGGUGGCAACAAAUGGUGCACCCAAUGGAAAAUGGGCAGGUGGUAAACUUACGACUUCAAUGAUUAAAAAAUCAGCUUCUUGGAAUGGUGCACUUCCUUUACCUCGUAGCAACAAUGUGGUGAUCCCUGGAACGAAGAAAUCAAACAACAAUGGAUCAAAACGUAAGAAGGUUCAACGAAAAGAGUCACCAAAUGACAAUAGCAAUCAUGUCGUAGAACAUCAUGAAGGUAACAAUGAUGAUAAAACUUUACUCAAGACGUCGACAGUUACAUCAGCAACAACAACAACAACAACAACAACAACAGCAUCAACAACGACAACGACACCUUCAAAACCUAGUGGACUGUCUAUUUCUAUAACACCAUCAUUAUCUUCUUCAGCAUCACCAUUGACAACCUUAGCAACGACGAUGGUAAAUGAAAAGAAUUUCUCUCCAGCACCUGAUACAACUGUCAAGGUUACCAAAUCAAGCUUAUCCGAUGAGGACGAAGAUGAAGAAAUCGAUAUUGGUGGUAGUGAUGAUGAUGAUGAUGUGCGAUAGAUAUUCCAUCAUGAAAUGUAUAUUUGAUUCACUCUCUUUCCUUUUUUUUUUUUUAUUGGGUACCUUGGUUUUAUAUUCGUAUAUAGUUUAUAACUCUUCAUUUGAUUCUUUUUACUUCUCCUCCCCUUCUUUUUUCUCUUUUUUCUUUUUUUAUUAUUAUUAUUGUAUAUUUCAUAUUUGGUAGUCUAGUUAGUCUUUUUUUUUCAGCAAUAACAAUUAUUGAAUAAAGGGAAACAAAAAAUUGCAUGUUCAA